AUGGCGCUCAACGCCAGCUCGCACAACGUCGCGGCACGCGCCGCUCCUCCGGCUGUGAGCGACGAUGUCAAGAAGGACCUCCUCGAUGCCGCCAACACAGACGCAGUCGGCCAGUCUGCGCCGGGUCGCGAGAACGAGAAGGGCGUAGAGAAGAAAGAGAAGAGCGCCAAGGAGCUCGAGAAGGAGCGCAAGAAGGCUGAAAAGGACGCCAAGUUCAAGGCGAAGAAGGCGGCCGCUGCUGGCGCGCCGAAAGAAGGCGGAGCUCCGAAAGAGAAGAAGAAGAAGGGCAAGGAGGAGGAGCAAUUGCCCGAGUACGUCGAGGAGACUCCCAAGGGAGAGAAGAAGCGCCUACAGAGCCUGGAUGGUCCUUUCACCAAAGCAUACAUUCCCAAGGUCGUCGAGUCGGCAUGGUAUGACUGGUGGGACAAGGAGGGCUUCUUCAAGCCUGACAUGCCCAACGGAAACGUCAAAAAUGCCGGCCACUUCGUCAUCCCCAUUCCCCCACCAAACGUCACCGGCAAGCUCCACUGCGGUCACGCCCUCGCGACCUCACUACAAGACGUUCUGAUCCGAUGGCAUCGCAUGCGCGGCUACACCACGCUCUACCUGCCUGGUUGCGAUCACGCUGGUAUCGCGACCCCAGAGCGUCGUCGAGAAGAUGCUGGCCAGGCGCGAAGGCAAAGACCCGACACGACCUUGGGCGCCAAAAAGUUCAUUGAGCGAGACAAUGGACUGGAAAUCCGACGCAUGGGAGGUUCAUUCGAUUGGACUCGGGAAGCAUUCACCAUGGAUAAGAACUUGUCUAAAGCCGUUACAGAGAGCUUUGUCAAGAUGCACGAGGAUGGUCUGAUCUACCGCUCAAAUCGCCUUGUCAACUGGUGCACACAGCUCAACACAGCACUCUCAACACUUGAAGUUGAUAACAAAGACAUUGCUGGACGGACGCUGCUCUCUGUUCCUGGAUACGAACGCAAGGUCGAGUUUGGUGUUCUGACACAUUUCAAGUACGCCAUCGAAGGAACUGACAAGUUCAUUGAGGUCGCCACUACACGUCCAGAGACAAUGCUUGGUGACUCAGGUAUCGCCGUACACCCCAAGGACGAGCGGUACAAGGACGUUGUUGGACUGCAAGCAAGGCAUCCAUUUGUUGACCGUCUUAUGCCCAUCGUCGCUGACGAAUACGUUGACCCUGAAUUCGGUACUGGUGCUGUCAAGCUGACACCCGCACACGAUGCAAACGAUUUCAACCUCGGCAAGAAGCACAACCUGGCCUUCAUCAACAUUCUCAACGACAACGGUACCAUGAACAAGAACACCGGUAGCUUCGAAGGCCAAAAGCGAUUCGAUGUCAGGUAUAGCAUCGUCACUGCCUUAGAAGAGAAGGGUCUGUUUGUCAAGAAGGAAGACAAUCCGAUGAAGGUCCCCAUCUGCUCAAGAUCUGGCGAUGUUAUUGAGCCUAUCAUGAAGCCACAGUGGUGGAUGAAGAUGGAGGGUCUCGCAAAGCCCGCCAUUGAGGUGGUCAAGAGCGGUGAGCUCAAGAUCAAGCCAGUCACCUCCGAGAAGGUCUACAUGCACUGGAUGAACAACAUCCAAGACUGGUGUCUGUCACGACAACUUUGGUGGGGUCACCAGAUCCCUGCCUACUUUGUCAACAUCGAGGGCGGUACGGAAGACAGGAGCGACAAUGAUACAUGGGUCACAGGCCGAACGGAAGAGGAGGCACAGAAGAAGGCGGAGCAGAAGUUCCCUGGCAAGAAGUUCACACUGGAGCGUGAUGAGGAUGUACUCGACACAUGGUUUUCAUCUGGAUUGUGGCCUUUCAGUACUCUUGGAUGGCCAGAGAAGACCGUUGACUUCGAGAAGCUCUUCCCUACCUCUGUCUUGGAGACCGGCUGGGACAUUCUUUUCUUCUGGGUCGCCAGGAUGAUUAUGAUGUCGCUUCACCUGACUGGAAAGGUUCCCUUCACAGAGGUGUACUGCCAUUCGUUGAUCAGAGAUUCAGAGGGCAGGAAGAUGUCGAAAUCUCUCGGCAACGUUAUUGACCCUGUCGACAUUAUGGAUGGCAUUACUCUCGAGAAGCUGCACGAUCAGUUAAAAAUCGGUAACCUAGACCCCAAGGAGCUCAAGUCUGCGGAGAAGUACCAGAAGACCUCGUUCCCUCAGGGUAUCCCCGAGUGCGGUGCUGAUGCGCUACGCAUGUCUCUAGUGGGCUAUACCACAGGUGGCGGCGACAUUUCUUUCGACGUCAACGUCAUCCAUGGCUACAGGAGAUUCUGCAACAAGAUCUAUCAAGCGACGAAGUACGUCCUGGGACGAUUUGGAGACCUCACACCUCGCGCGAAGAUCGCAAAGUCUGGAAAGGAGUCCCUGCCCGAGCGAUGGAUUCUGCACAAGCUCACCACCUCGGCGAAGAAGAUCAACCAGCACCUCGAUGCCCGGGAGUUCUCGCUCGCGACACAGGUCGCCUACAAGUACUUCUAUGAGUUCUUGUGCGACACCUAUAUCGAGAACAGCAAGGCCAUCUUUGAUGAGGGCAGCGAGGAACAGAAGGAGAGUGCCAAGCAGACUCUUUACACUGCUAUCGAGGGAGGAUUAACCAUGAUCCAUCCCUUCAUGCCCUUCUUGACCGAAGAGUUGUGGCAGCGCUUGCCCCGACGAGAGGGCGACAAGACGCCUUCGAUCACCGUUGCUUCAUUCCCAGAAUACACCCAAGAAUUCGAUGAUGCGGCUGCGGAGGACGAGUACGAAUUACUGGUCGAUUCUGCCAAGGGUCUUCGCUCCCUCACUGCGGAGUACGCUUUCAAGGAGGGCGCAAAGACCUACAUCCAGGCGCUCGACAACAAGGCGCAAGGAACUCUCUCCACAUCAACAUCUCUCCCGUCCAUCAAGUCUCUCGCUGGAAAGACCGUCGCCGAGAUCACCAUCCUCUCGCCGUCAGACCCCGCGCCGACUGGUUGCGCCGUGUACACCAUCGGAUCCGCAGCUACCGCGUACCUCGACGUCAAGGGCCGUAUUGAGAUCGACAAGGAGAUCACAAAGGCUCAGGACAGACUUGUCAAGGCCAACGAGACCAUUCAGCGCCAGAAGAAGAUCAUGGACGAUGAGUGGGAACAAAAGGUCAGCGACGUUGUCAAGGAUCUGGAAAAGAGCAAGCUGAAGGAUGCCGAGACGGAAGCGAGGAAUUGGCAGGCUAGCAUUGAGCAGUUUGAGAGGCUCAAGCUGGAGUAGAUUCUGUGGUCUUUAAAGUACGAGAUAUGCCGUCCGACUUUUCGAAUGAGAUACGGCUGAUCUCAAGCGAUUGACCAAAACCGUGUUUUUCUCAACGUUUCUGUCCUGUAUUAGAAUAACAAACAUGCCACAAAAGC